CAGAGAGAGAGAGAGAGAGAGAGAGAGAGAGAUGUUAGUCGUGGUGGUUAUAUUCUUCGCACUUCUGUUAUACUUUUCUACCUUACGUCCUAGAAGGUCUGUUUAUGGACCACCAUCUUACCCCAUCGUCGGUUGCUUGAUCUCUUUUUACAAGAACCAAAAUCGUCUCCUUGAUUGGUAUACUGAGCUUCUUUCUCGAUCACCAUCUCAGACAAUACUGAUAGAUCGAGUUGGCUCCACUCCAACUAUAAUCACAGCUAACCCUGCCAACGUUGAACACAUAGUCAAGACACAGUUCCAUAACUACCCAAAAGGCAGACCCUUCACUGACACCCUAGGAGAUCUCUUGGGCAGAGGAAUAUUCAAUGUUGAUGGGGAGUUGUGGCAUCAACAGAGGAAGGCAGUGAGCCAUGAAUUCACGACGAGAUCGUUGAGAGACUUGGUGCUAAGAACAAUGGAGACAGAAGCUGAACGGCGGCUUUUGCCUCUGCUGCAGACUGCUUGCACAAACAAGAGGAGCAUCGACCUGCAAGAGGUGUUGAACAGGUUUGCCUUCGACAUUGUCUGCAAGGUCUCCUUUGACAUGGAUCCACAGUCCCUUCUUCCAUCAAUGCCGCCUUGCCAUCUUGCACGUGCAUUUGACAUAGCAACAGCGAUUAGUGCCAGGAGAGCAGCAGAGCCAUUGCAGAUGAUAUGGAAGGCCAAGCGAGCCCUUCGCAUAGGUUCUGAGCAGAGGCUCAGAGAAGCAGUCGACUCACUGCACAAGUCAGUUAUGGAGAUGGUCCAAACAAAGAAAAGUUUGGGUAGUGAGGAUCUCCUGUCAAGGUUGUUGUCUAUCUACAAUAAAGAUGAAAACUUGGCUAGGGAUAUGGUGAUAAACUUUCUCCUAGCAGGAAGGGACACAAUAUCAGCAGCUCUUACAUGGUUCUUCUGGCUCCUAACUCAUCAUCCACAUGUACAGAAAACAAUAACAGAUGAAAUUAGCAGACUUCAAAUUCUUAGUUUUGACACGUUGCAUGAAUUGAAAUUCCUAAAGGCCAGCCUCUGUGAAAGCAUGAGACUUUACCCCCCAAUAGUAUGGGAUUCAAAACAUGCAGAAAAUGAUGACGUCCUCCCAGAUGGCACAUUUGUCCCCCAAGGAAGUAGAGUAACCUACUUUCCCUAUGGGAUGGGAAGAAUGGAGACUUUGUGGGGAAAAGACUGUUUGGAGUUCCGACCGUGGAGAUGGCUCGACCCUUGUUCUGGCAAUGAAGAGGAAGUACCAGUAUCAACAUACAAGUUCCCGAUUUUCCAUGGCGGGCCAAGGCAGUGCCUAGGGAAGGAUAUGGCAUUCAUGGAGAUGAAAUACAUUGUUGCUGUCAUACUGAGCAGGUUUGAACUCAAGCCUAUAAACACUAGCAAGCCACAGCUCAUUCCAUUUCUGACCACUCACAUGGCCGGUGGCUUCCAUGUAUUAGUUAAAGGAAAGAAGGUCUAAUCUUGACUUUGAAGCUUAUUAGUAUAACACAUUCAAGAGCUUUCCCCAUUAUUCAGAU